UGUAGCAGUCAUAAAACGGGGGGAGAGGGGAAGGGAGAACGAACGCGGGGAUAGAAGGAGAAGGCGUUUUUUCCCUCCCCACCCCUUCCUCGUUUACGCCUGCAAAUCAGGCUAACCAUGCAUGCACUGAAAUGACAUGCGAGAACAGAAGGUUAUUUGUUGUUUUUUCUUGACACUUCUGUCUUGGUUGGUUUUUCAAGCAGUCCAGCGUCUUUCAGCCUCUUCCUUUAUAAUGAAACUAUGAACUGCUAAAUCAUGUGAUGUUAUUCACUGCAUAUCUUAGGUGGUGGAUUAUAACGUUCAAAUGAGGGAGUCUGGAGAACAAUACAACGAGACGAUCGAGGUGGACACAGAGAAGCAAACAGAACUGUUUAAAGUUCCUGCCCAUGGAAACGUGGAUCACUUCAAUAUUUUGCACGAUUUUAAGAAGAAUAUGAGCUUGCUGUUGUUACCAGAAAAAAGGAUCUGCUACCUUUUGCCCCUGGACAAAGACCUGUCGACACCAAGAAAACUCUUAAGUGAUCUUGAUAAAGCAAAGAAGUCUGGCAAAAAUAUCAGCGAGAUUAGAAUUACUGACCACACGUGGACAGUGAGCAGUGAAGUAACUGAUCGGUCUUCACUCAGUAAUGAGCUGGCCAAUUUUUGUGCAAAAUACCCGAUUUAUAACGUCAAAAAGAUGGAGGACGCGCUGAAAACCACAAGGAUACAAACAGGCGGUGCUGACGAAGAAGAAGAUGAUUGCCUCUUUGUUUCCCACCUUACUGGCGAAGACUUUCCUCACUGCGGUUCUUCUCUCACGCCAUGCCGUAGUCUACCACAAGCACUACGGCUAGUUCGUGAUGGCGGCAAGAUUUGUCUUAAUGGAAAGAAAAGUAAAUUACAUCCAUACGGCUGUUCAAGAAUUGAUAACGAUGCUAAUGGGGAAGAAAGGAUAAUAAUGCUCAAAAGUGUUACAAUACAAGGUCAGUUCUCCGAGGCCCACAUUUCCUGCGAAAAUCCCGCUGAUCUAAUUUUUGGCACACAUGCUACAGGUGGCAUUCUUGAAGUCACUCUCUCUAACCUUGUAUUCAACGCUACUGAUGUCAUUUUUUAUAAUGUGUCCUCCUUUAAUGUUUCAAUAAUUAAAUGCAAGUUUAUGAACUGCCGGUAUGGAGUUGACAUGCGACAAGAAGAAUCAUCUGCUCCUAGCCGCAAGAAGUCGACGCUUGCGGUCAGCGACAGUGAAUUCUGGUACAAUAAAAACUCUAUAAUAGUCUACUUAUUUAACGAAUUCUUCAAUCUGACGAUAUCAAGAUGCCUUUUCCAGGGCAGAAAGGGACAGUUUAAUGUAACAUCAUGGGAUAGAAAUACAACAGCUGCCGUGUACGUCCGUUCGACAGUUUUGGAGGAGCUUCCGAAGAUGUAUGUAACUGCGUCCAUCACCGAUUCCAUUUUCCGAGAGCUCGGUCACGAGGACAAUGGCUUCGCUUUCUCGGUGAGAAUUCGGCACGAUUUGAGCCAUGGAAAUGUGACAUUAUCGAACACUUCGUUCAUAAAUAACCAGAAUGCUGUUUUUGUCCACGGUGGAUUUGACUUAAGAUUAGCCAAAGUGACUAUAAACUCCACCUAUGGGUAUUCCAUCGCGGCCAGUGGUCCUCCCAAAACAACAAAGUCAACACCAGGGAUAAAAGUUCUCCUCGACGAAUGUCUUUUGGCAAACAACAGGAUUGGCAUUCGGAUGUCAACCACUUCUUGUUUAAGUAAAGGUUACAAUUGCUCAACAAGCGACCAAACACUUGUUGUAAGAAACAGCCUGUUUCUAGGUCACGAAACACGAGGCUCUGGUGAUGCAAUCAGAUUUGCAAUAAAACGUCCCACGCAGGAACUGAGUCCUACAACACAAACACAACAUUCUCAUGAUGUGGUGACGAUGCAACCAGAUCAACAGUUAUAUUGGUCUUUAGACUUUGAAGCAAAGUUACUUCUCGAAAAUGUUACCUUUCUCGAAUUACACGGUUGUGCCCUGUCCGUUGAGGCCGACAAAAAUGUUCAUGGGCUGAUUUCAUUUAAAAACUGCAAGUUUCUUAACAACUCUCAGUUAAUGCAUCGUUUAGUCGAUCGAGCAACCGUGCAUAUCGAAAUUACAGACGACGAUCCGCCUAAAUGUUGCGAACGAGAACGGAACAUCGGUAAUGAAUUUAUAUGGAAGAAGAACUUUAAGCUCCCUGUCAUAUUUGAGGAUAGCAUAUUUGAAGGCAACGUGGGUGUCUCUGGUGCUUUAGACCUCAUGAACGGCAACGUCACCAUCAAAAACUGUCAUUUUAAAGACAACGAAGGAUUAACACCGGGAGGUCACGUGUUCAUGAAAACAGGCUAUGGUAGGCUUAAUAUUGUGAAUAGUUCAUUUCUUCAAACUGUUUUUAAACGAUACGUAAAACAACCAGUCUCUAGUUAUGGCUGUUUUCUGCGCUCUGAGAGUGUCGGUCCCGUCACGAUUGAAAGUUCUUCUUUUACAGCUAACGUUGACAGGGAAUUCUAUGACCCACUGUUUGAAGUUACUAAGUGCAGCUUAAUAAACAUUGAUAACUCUUCUACUCUUCGAUGCCGGUACGGACAGCAAAUGAAACAAGAGAAAACUGUAACCGGUUUUGAACUUGUCAAGGAUGGUGAUGAGAAACCUGUCUGGGAUGCUAACGAGACAUGUUGGGUGAACGUCAGUUACAUCAAAUUAUUCUGUGAUGAGUGUCCCGAUGGUUUCUAUACUUUACAGCGAGGUUCAACCAGUGGUUUAAAUGUAAACAAGGACACUGAGUGCCUGAAAUGUCCCUACGGAGCAAAGUGUGAAAAUGGAAACAUUAUGGCCAAAGAGAACUUUUGGGGUUUCAACAUUUCAACAAGACCCCCAAGUCUGCAAUUCAUUUCAUGUCCAGUGGAAUACUGCAGAACUCCAACCAAUCCUUCUCGUCACGCUUACAAUGUUUGUCAUGGUAACAGGUCAGGCGUGCUGUGUGGCCAAUGUUCUGCUGGGUACAGUGAAGUCCUGUAUUCCACGUCAUGCAGAAAAAUAGAGAAAUGCAAUGAUCACUGGUUUUGGGUGGCAUCGUUUAUCUACGUCAUGUUCUUUGCACUUUACGUCGUCUUUAGGCCUCCUAUCUUCUCACUGUUAUAUCAGCAGAGCUUGUGGUUUACGAAAAAAGCCGAAAAUGUUCGCCAACAGUCGUCAUCAAACGAAGACAACAGUGAUAAGCACGAUGCUGGGUACCUGAAGAUCGUCUUCUAUUUUUAUCAAGUUGCAGAGUUGGUGAUGGUUAAGUCCCCCGAGAAUACUCUACAUAUGGUUCCCUUCAUUCCACCAGUGAUUGCACUUUUUAAUUUUCAAGUAAAAACUAUGAAUGGUAGCAUUGGCUGUCCAUUUCCUGGUCUUGAUGCCGUCACCAAAGAACUAUUCAUGUGUUUAAAGUUUUUGGCAACAUUGAUUUCCGUCGGUUUCAUCCACGCCAUUCAUCGAUUCAUUAGCAAAUCGUUUCACUUGGCAGCCCCAUCACUGCCAUUGUAUCUGGCCGUGGCGCUGGAAACAUUGUUACUUGGAUACGAAACACUUGCAGACACAACUCUCAAGCUCAUUCACUGUGUUCCUAUUGGCCAGGAGUGGCGUCUGUUUAUGGAUGGGAACAUUCAGUGUUGGCAGUGGUGGCAAUAUCUGUUGAUUGUCUUCAUAGUGGCGUUUGUCAUUCCCCUGGUUUUAGUCCUUUUCUGGGGAUCGCUGAUGCUUUCCAAAGACAGAGUGUCGGCUAAGGAAUUCUUGAUAUCUUGUGGAUUCCCUUUGCCUUUUCUUCUUAUCUGGCUCUUUCGAUACUGCAAGAAGAGACCAAAUAGAAACCAACCUUACCCGUCCUGGGUAAAUUCACGCGACGAUGCAGAAGAAAUCAAAAAGGUUCUUCAUGAUCCAUUCCGACCUUCCUCUGAUGGCAAGCAUGGCACAUUAUACUGGGAAAGUGUACUGACUGGCCGAAGGUUGAUCUUGCUGACCAUCCAUGCUUUCUCCACAGAUCCAAUGAUACGUUUCGUCUGCCUGGAUUUUGCAUGUUUUCUAAUUCUCCUGCAUCAUCUUACAGCAAGGCCAUUCCGCGAGCGUAAAGCUAAUAUCUGGGAGAGCCUUUCUCUUAUUAGCUUGGUUGCUAUCUGCACUGUCAAUUUAGCGGAAGCCACGUAUAUUUCCGAGGGAAUAGAGCCCACGGGACCAAGUAACAGCCUUCUUCACGCUUUUCUGUGGAUCGAGGUUGUCUUGCUCGGCCUGCUACCUUCUGUUGCUUGUCUCCUUGUGGUGUUUGCUGUUUUAUCUCAAGUUACCCGAGUCUUGUACCACUGCAUCAGAAUCUUGUCAGCUGCUAUGCACGAAUGCGUAACACGUGCAAUGCCUCUUGGUUCUUCAUCAAGGUCCAGGCAACUGGUUCUUAUUGACUGGGGGGAUCCUGAAGAAUUGCAUAGUGUAAUAUAAAGUGUUAAUAUCAUGCUUAUCAUGUAAACAUUUUUUUGGAAGAAAAAUGUAGUUUCACGGGCAAAUGUCUCAUUGCCAUACAAAAUCCUAUUGAGUAAGGAUUGAUUGGGGAAUGGUAGUUAAUGUGCAUGUUGGCGGGAAAUGUUCCACGACCUUCAAAGACCCGUCGUACCAAGAGAAAAUGAGGGUCGUACUUAGUCACACACUUAACGCCUAUGGUGUACGCCUGAACCCUAAUCUCGUUUCAAAAUAGAUAUGUAUUGUAGAUCAUUGCCAUUUUUUCUUUUCCUGGUUAUUAUCUAAUAUUCCUUCAUUUCACUCAAAUUUUGUUGACAAUACCAUGUAAUUCGACCAGUUGCAACUCACGU